GCGCUAACCAGAUCGCUCCGCUUUGGAUUUCCUCCCCGUCCCUUUUCAGUGAGGAAGACUCGAGGAUUCCGACGAUCUUACCGUGGAAAUAGCUGAAUCCAAGAAAUUUUCUUCUUCCAAUGACGACGGAUCCUUAGCAGUCUCGCCGCGCCGGCGGUUGGUUCGGUUUUUCCCCCACGUUUCUCAAUGGAGAUGGAGUACAAGAGCAUGACGAGGAGGGAGCUCCAAGCCCUCAGCAAGCAGCACGGCCUCCCGGCCAAUCUCACCAACUCCCGGAUGGCCGAAAACCUCGCUUCCCUUCUACAGAAGCGGAAUAGCGAGGAGAUGAAGCCGAAAGGCUGCUUGAAGGGCUCCAAUGGAAGCAGUGUUGAGGGCGCCGGAAGAGGAGGGGUCAAUAAGAAGGUAAGCUUCUAUAUGCAAGAAGACGAUGGUGAACGAGAUGGCAGCCAGAGAGACCUGGAAGCGCGAACUUCUCCGGAGAGGAGGCGGCCGAGUAGGAGGAGGUCUUUUGUUGUGUACGCAUCAAAAGCAGUCAGUGAGCCAGUUUUGGAAGCAAAUGGUGCUUUUCAAGUGAAGACUAGAAGCAAGAGGCUCCGAUCCACUGCAGCUGCAGUAGUAUGGUCUCCUGUCAUCGAGGAGAAGAGAUCACGGAACAGAAACAAUGGGCCUGAUUUGGUUGCAAAGGUUCCUCACGAAGAGGAAAACAACAGAAGGGAGGUGGAUUGUGCACCAACUACUAGAUCUCCGAGCAGAGUGGUGACUAUUACGGAAAUGAAGACUAGAAGCACGAGACCUCGAUCCACUGCAGCUGCAGUAGUACGUUCCCAUGUCAUCGAGGAAGAGGCACAGAACAGAAACAAUGGGCCUGAUUUGGCUGCAAAGGUUCCUCACCAAGAGGAGAACAAUAGAAAGAAGGUAGAUAAGGAAGACGAUCACUGCGCACCAACUACUAGAUCUCUGAGGAACAGAGUGGUGACUAUUGGAGGGUAUGAAGCAAUGCAGGGAGACACGAAACCCAGAAGGAUGCAAACAAGGGGAAAUGCUAAAAGGAAAGAAGAGGAUGUUGUUGCUCCUGUCUUUGAUGUAUCUUCGGAAGCACAAGUGUUGGAGAAAGAUGAAAAUUUUGGCAGUAAAGCUCGUAUCAAUUCCACCGUUGGACUUGAUCAACAUGAAAUUAUGGUUCCACAUAUUGAAGUGCCUCCACCGAGGCGAUCAAAACGUAAUCUUGCAAAGUCUCAUAACUUAUUCCAGGAAAGUGAGGAAUCAGGACGUACUUCAGUAGUUUCAAUUCCUAAUGUUCAGAAAUAUGAAAAACCAGCAGGGGAGGAGACUAAAGAGGCAGCAAAAUUACGUGGUGCUUUGAAUCGGCCAAGGCGUCACACUUCAAGGAUCAAAGAUGAAGGUAUUGGGGCCUCCUUGCCUGGAAGUUUGGAAUCAAGAGAUGAACAUCCGAAUAAGGUGCUACAAAAGAAGGAAAGAAAGGCUAUCAGAAAUCCAGAUCUUACAGCCCCUCUUCCUGAUGCAAUCUUAACUGAAACUGCAGAGGAUCAUGCCAGAAAAGAAAAGCUCUCCGAAGUAGAACCUCGUAGGCUGUGCACACGGAGUUCAUCUGUGCUUACUGUGUUGGAGCAUGAAACUUCAUUAGCUCAUGAUGUUGAACUAGUCAGAAAGAGCAAGACCAGGAGGCAUGAGAGGAACAUGAAGACGAGUAAAGGAACUACAGAAAUUACUGUUCCUAGCUGUGAAACUAGAGCUGCACUUCAAGAACUUAUUGUUCAAGUAGAUCCAAAAAGGGUGGCACAGACUAAAGAUACUUUGAGGCGUUCAAUGCGAAAUGUUCCAAAGCUUGCUUCGACUGAAUUCAAGACUUCAGCUCCUUUAGUCGAGAGUUCAAUAACUGAUGAACACAACAAGGAAACUAAGCUUCCAAAGCAUAAUGCUCCGGGACUUCAAAUAACUGGGAAUACAUUAGUUGAUGUAGUUGAGAAAGCCAGAAGGUCACAGAGGUUGAAGAAAGGUCAGGUCUUAGCAGAAGCACCAACCGAGGAUUCUACCACUGACUGUACAGUCGGAGGUGAAAAUGAAAUGCUAGAAGGCCACAGACAUGUUGAAGAACCAGGAAGAGAAUCAAGUUACAAUGCCUCCAGAAGAGAAUUGGUGAUGCCAACAGAUGAGGCUGUAAAAAACACAAGGCAGAAGAAGAGGAAAAGAGCAGUGGUUUCAGAUAAAGAAAUUUCAAUUGAGGAAGUAGAAAUUGCUGGCAGAUUAGAUCCUGUCCGCGUGCAGCAGAAUGCUGGUUCCAACGAGCAUAAAGAAAGGCUUUGUGAAGAUUGCUGUGAGAAAGUUCUUGAGAGUGAUGAUGCCAUACGAGGAAACUGUUCCGCUGAAUUAGCUGUGAUUUUGACUGAUGAGAUGGCUAACUUUGAUGCAUAUCACACUGCCGUAAAGAAAAUAGCAAGUAGUAAAAGGCAUAAAAAUGAGACACAUAAAGAGUGUAGCGAGCACCAAAUUAAGGAAGACAAAAAUUGCCCUUCCAUGGAGGUUGAGCCUGUAGCAUUUGGUUUAAUUGACACUCAUAGAACUACUGAUGAUACUGAUGGUUCCCAAGAGACUGCACCUGUCUCUACUUCUGAAUCGUCAGUUGCUGCUAAACAUGUGGUUUCAGAAACAGCAGGCAGCAAUCAUCCAAAGGUGAAAAGUGGUAAUAAGGUUCAACAUUCUCCAUUAAUUGAUGAUCUAACCAAUGAUAAAUGUCAUGCUGACCAAUUAAUUAAGUCUGGAAAUUUAUCACGGGUAAAGACUCUGCAAGGCUUUGACAAUCUUACACUAAUGGUGAAAGAGAAUAGAGAAAUUUCUUCUUACAAUCCGGUUGAAGUUUCUCGCAGAUUACAAGAUGGUUUUUCAUAUGUUGACCCUUCUGUGAAGGCAGAUUCUGAAGUUCCUGGUACUGAGUGCGGGGGAUUUGCAGAUAUGCCUUCUACGAACAGCACUAUGGAUAGUGCAAAUUACACAGAAGAAAGAGAUGGACAGCCCAAAGGAACAAACGUUGUUGAUUCACCACUUCCUUGCAGCCAUCUUGAAGAACCUUCUCCUGCAGUUGUUACUGAAGCUUCUACUGUCAGUGAUCCCAGAACAGCCUUAAUGUUAUACGAUGUUCAUGCUGUUGCUUCUCAUAGUCCUGUCUGUCCUAGUGGACUUAAGGAUGAAGUGGUCCUGCCUUUAAUUGUUGUACCCGAUAAUGAUUUUGUGGGCUUAUUAAACCAGCUGAACAUCGUCAAAAAUGAAUCAGGGAGUAUUGGAGCAACUUCUGUGGCACUGUUAGACACCGAAUCUGCAUGUCAAGAAUUCAAUGGAUUGAUAGAACUCAAGGGAACCAAUACAUAUUCUAAUAUUCCAAAAAUGUGUGAAACUGCUGAAGAAGAAGGUAAAUAUGAGUCUUCAUCUUCUCAUUUGUUAACUAAUACAUCAACAAUUGGUACCAAGUCUAUUGGAGAUAAAUGUGAGGAGGAAUCUUUUGAUGGUAAUACAAGUCCAUCUGAGAUAGCACAGGGUGCUGAAAUUGUGGUUUUAGAUGAGGGAAAUCAAAAUAGUUCCUUCAGUGCUACUGAUUGUAGCUCUGGUAAAAGUGCAACAAAAUAUGAUUCUUUAGAACAAUUAGCUGGGCAUAGAGAAUUGUCACCACAUAAACUUAUGGAGCUGAGCAGUGAUAUCGUGGAAACUCUUUUGGAAGUGACUGAUGUUAGCAGAUUAUCUUCAGGUGAUAAUCUAUGUCAAAAUUAUGAGAAAGUUAUCACAUCUCAUGAUGAUAAUUCUGAAAUUUGUUGUUCAGAUGAUGCCAAUUUGGUUUGUGCAAUCUCACCAUCUUUAUCAGAAAUACCAGGUGACACAAUUGCAGAUGCUUCUGUACAAAUGGAAGGUGUGGAAGUUUCUUCACAGGGGAAAUCAUGUGCCUAUGACAAAUCCACCACAUUGUUGCUAGUUGGAUCUGAAUUUGAAAAUCAGCUAGAAGUUCAAGAGGAUAAAUUUCAAGUGGAAUUUUCUGCUUCUAGCAUCCGAUCUGGGAAGAAUGGAUCAGCUGCUAAGGCCCCUCGAUGUUCAGAUGGCAAUGAAAACAAUGACAGAACAGAGAUAGUUGGCACAACAUAUGCCACUGGAGGAACUUUGCAAUUUAAAGAAGAAUCCGAAUCAGCUAAACUAGAAGACACACAUGAUGCUAGAGCAUCUAGUGAUGAAAGUAAUGAUCACUCUCCUGUCAAUCCAAUUAAAAGUGAAGGUACUUGCAGCAUGGAUUCAUUAAGCAUGUAUAAGAAAUCCAACAAGGGGAAGUCCUUCAGUCCAUCCUCCAGGAAAAUGCGGAAUACACACAUAGAGUUUCACAUAAAUGUUUUAGCCGGCAAUAAGGAAGACCACAUUGCAAAUGGUAGUCCUCCUGCAUCAGGAAAUCGUUCUGAGGGGGAAGCUAGUGCCCGCCAGUUGAGUAAUCUUGAAGUUUCUGAAAGUGAAGCAGAAACAUGGGCAGAUUCUGCAAAUAUGAAAAGUCCAUAUUCUGUGCCCCAAGAAUUUAAGGUUGUAGAUAAGCUUAAAGAAAGACAAUGCUUGGUUCUUUCAGGUGGGAGGAAUUCAUGUACUGAUGAAGAUGAAUUCCAAGCACUUACAAAAGCUAAUUCGAUCGAACCUGCCGAUGAUGAUGAUGUUUCUAAUAGAAGGCUGUCACCUCUGUCCAUCCUAAGGGAGAGUAAUGUUAUGAAUGAUAGUGAUAUAAUUAUGCCAAGCGAAAGUGAAAAUUCAGCUGUAAUCGAGAGACCAAUUCUGGAAUUGCAAACACCAGUAUUAGCGGAAGGUAAAGAUGAUGACGUCCAACAUGAUGGAGUUAAGAAUGGUGGCUUGGAUGCAUCAUGUGGUUUCUCCUGCAGUGGAUAUGAACAUGCCAAAUCCUUGUGUAUGGAGAGUGUGGCACUCACAAAUAAAUUUGACGGAGAACCUAUUGAUAACAUAGGUGAGCCACUUGACCUUUGUGGUAAAUUUCAAGCUUCUUCAGAUAUUGGCGAAACAACUUGGGGAACUCCAGAUGGUCAAGGUUCCGUAGGAAGAUGGGAGAUUACCGUACCAUUCGGAAGAACUUCAUCAUCAGUUAAAUACGAGUCAACUGAACUCGAAGAAAAGAUACUUUCCUUGGAGCAUCAUCAAUCGUCUACAACAUCUUGCAUAAACGAGGAACUUGCACCUCACAGUGACAAUGUUGAGAAGAAUAACAUGAGGGAUAUAUCCAAAGUCUCUGCAGAUGAUGAAGAACAUGAGGCUAAAGAUACGGAGGAGAAAAUGGAAAUGGAGGAAGUUGAAGAAUAUUUGGUGACCCUCGAUGAUAAGGAAAUUGAUGAGCAUGCUAUGAGUUCUGGUUCGAUUACGUCACGAGAUAACUUGAAUGAUGAAAAGCAUAAUGUUCCUCUGCUCAUGGACUCGUUCGAAUCCACAGCUUCAUGCCACGACGUGCACUCUUGUGAAAUAACCAGAAUGGCAGAUCAACAUGAAGCAGAUGCUUGCUGUGUUACACCUUGCUUUGAGAACGACUCUGCUAGCAAUUGUGACAACAAUACAAGAAGAGAAAUUUUGGCUUCAAGAACCCUAGUUAUUGCCGAAACUAAAUUAGCGAAACCAGAGUAUAAUUUAGAUAGUUGUAACUCAACCAUAUCUGUGGUAACCCAAGAAGCAUCCGCUCCUGAGAUAGCUCAAGAAGCUGUAGAUACUGUGGGACCUGAAGUAGGAGAUGUUUCACUAACCCCACAGCAUUCGGAAUGUGCAGAAGAGACUACAAAGGAUGAUAUGAAUUUUGGCUUCAAGAAACUUGAUUGUGAGGAUGAUGAAUUUGAUGACACAAAAGGAUGCGAUACUGAUAGCAAUGGAGUUCUUGAGACAAAGAAUGACGAGAUUUUGCAGCAGCAACUUGACAGCAAAGAUCCUAAAGAUGAAAGAAGCGAAUUCUCAGAUGCCUUGCAAGUGAAACUAGAUCUUGAAUGUUCUGAAGAAGCUGACAUGGAGAAUUGUGAAACCGAUUCUGGAAGUAACUUAAGCCACACUGUCCAUAAACAUGACGAAGGAAAGGAUAAUAUAUUUGCAUCAGAAACUUCAGAUGAUUGCUUAUGUAGGCUUGGCAGUCUUAAGAAGGAUGCCAAUGUUAAUCAGAGGAUUAAAUCCGAAGAAGUAUGGGUUGCGCCAGGAGCAACACUGAUGUGCUUAGAAGACCUAUUUGACAUGGAACAGAAACGAUCAUUUGCCAGGAAUGACAUUGUUCAAGCAGUGGCCAAUGAGCAUAUAUCUCAUGAAGAGAAUUGCCAACAUGAACAUGACAAUUUAGUGGGCAUCUCAGGAGCAUUAAGAAAAGCACAAAAGAUGGAGAGAGUGUCAUUCAUGUCAGAUUAUAAUGUUACUAAUGAAUAUGAGGAGCAAGAAACACUUUGUGGUGAUCCAAAGGUGAAAUUUGAUGCAACCAUCGAGUAUGAUAACACAAUCCAGCUAGAAUUAUCAUAUGGUAGGUCUGAUUCAAAACUUAUGGAUGUUGCGAAAGAGCAUGAGGAACAAGCAGUAAUUACUGCUUGGAGUGAUGGUUUUAGGAUGAAUAUAGAUGAAACUAUCGAGUCUGAGAAUGCAGUUCAACCAAAACUGUCAACUGACUGCUCUGAUUUAGAACCUAUGGAUGGGAUGGUGUGUCCAGCAUCUAUGCAAUCUUUUGAGGAAAGGUUAUACAAAGAGACCGGUGCAGCUGUUGAAGAUGAAGAUGGGAGUUCAGUUGAGUGUCUUCAGACCGUAUCAGAAAAACAUCCUGCUAGUCAACCGAACGAUGAAGAUACGGAAAUUUCUGAUACGGUGGGCUGUCAGAAUAGCUCUGAUGGAUAUAUUGAUGAAUCGGAAUAUAAUGUAGCAGCAGAAGCUUGGGUUGAAGAUCUUACAAGUAAAUUGGUUAGCAAUCCAGAAGCAUCGGUCUCAGAGAAUGGCAAUACGAUAUGUCAGAUGGAAACCACUGACACUUUGCGGGCGAAUGAUAGAUCUCAACUUACAGUUGAAACUGCCGGCAACAUAGUGGAUACACGCACUGCAUCGAAGAAAAUGGAGUGGAGAAGUGUUCCGGGCACAACUGGUUAUACAUUGGCUUCACCAAACAAGCAGGAAGAUAUUAACAUCAACAAUGCAGGAGAGCAAGAGCAAUUCAACUCUGGCCGCAAAGAGACCUUAGUGGAGGGAGAGACUUUAGAUGAUCCUCAGCGAUGUCAUGUCGAAACCAUCCGUAUGAAUGGUUUGCUUCAGCAGAAUAGCAGGGUAAAAACUCAGCAGACACUGGGAGUGUCAGCCGAUCAUUCCAAUUCAAAAUGUGGAAGAGAGCCCCGAGAAUUAUCUCGAACCACUGGGCAUGACUGGAUGGAGGAAAUUAGUCGGAAGUUGGUAGAUUUCAGGAUUUCCAGUGCCAGGAAAGCUAGUAAGGUAGACGGAUCAGCAAAGAGGCCAAAGCAUGACGAUAAUCUUAAUAAUGAUAUAGUGAUGGGUAAGGAGAAUACACCUGCAGUCAGGAAGGAGUAUUCUCAUAAACCUCAUGCAGAUGGAUCAGUAAGGAGGCCUCUACAAAAUGUUAAUCAUAAUUGAGUUAGGAAGAUUUCCGGAUUCUGAUUUGUUUCUUUGUUCUCUAUUGUUCUUCAAUAUUUGGUUGAAGGAAAUUGUAUGUGUUUGAUAAAAGUAAACCAAAAGAUGUGAUCAUUGUAUGCAUAUUGAAGGAUGUGAUUUGUUGUUUUCUGUUACAUGAGCUAGUGAUGUUGGUUUUAGCUCAGUUAGGAGUAUGGAAGUCAUUUGAGUUUGCAUUCAUGAGCAA